GGAACACUGAGUCUGUGCUUGGUCAACGUUAAUACGCGUGCUAUUCCAGAGCACGCAACAUAAUUCGAUCUUUGCUUUUGCACUCUUUGUGUUCAGCUCGUGUCGUGUCUUGCUAGAAACGGCAAUAUGUUUCCUGCUAAGAUUACCCUACUAUUUGGAUUCGCAGCGUUAAUAAAAUCAUCGAUAGCAGUACCGGAUAGCGCAGGGAUGGUAGAAAUGGAGAAUGGAUUGGCAUACGGUGGGAUUCCAUACGGAAGUGUAAGUGGCAUGCUCGCGAAAUAUCCGGGAUACGGGCAGCUUAACACUCAGUUUCAAGCCAGACAAUUGGACAUUUUGAGUAACACCAAGCGGCCGAUAAUUAUCACGCCGAAUCUCCGAGCUACACGGCUGCUGGGAAUUUCACCUCGCCCCGUACAAAUCUACAAUCUUCCCGGAGUCAUCGCUCCCGGAAUUGUCGGCACAAUUAGUCAAAUUGGCUAUUAGUCCACCGGAACUAUCUCGGAACGACCUCGCGAUGGGACAUACAUACAGAUAAAUCAGAUGAUCGAGCUUCCGUCUUCUCGCCACGAUUUUUUUUAAUGAAGAACGCAUGUCGAACCAUUCAAGGUUACCGUCAUAAACUUGUAUUCUUACAACACUAUCCAUUAGCGCAAUUAUAACUAUAAAAUAAAAUUUUUUUUACUGAUUUAAUAAUAUCUACGAGGGACUAUUAUUAAUAUACUUGACGGAUAAAUUAUUCGUUAUUGUAAUAAUACUCAUUAUUUAAGAAUAUAUAUUUUUUUAAGUUUUUUAGUUGCAGAUGAAACUCAUUGCGACAUAUAUUUUAUGUAUAUAUACAUCAUUUUAAAUUUAUAUGCUACCAUUUUUAUUGCCAUAUUAUUUAUAAUAUUAUAAGAUAAUAAUAAGAUUUAUACGUGCUAAAAUA